UUCUUCUCACUAGAUAGCAUUUGGAGGUGGUGAGUGGUGACCAAGGAGAUGGCAAUGGAGAAACGCUUUGUUCUGGUGGUGGCCGUGUUUCUUGGCCUCCAAUCCCUUGUGGCUGCCACUUCCGGAACGGCCACCUAUUACACCGUUUACACCCCCUCCGCUUGCUAUGGCAACGAAGACAAGGGCACCAUGAUUGCAGCAGCGAGCGACCCCAUCUAUGACAACGGCGCAGCAUGCGGGAGACAGUACUCUGUGACGUGCACCGGUCCGACCAACGAAGGGGUACCCCAUCCAUGCACGGGCGCCAGCGUGACGGUGACCAUCGUCGAUCGCUGCCCAUCACCUGGCUGCCAGGCCACCCUAGACCUCUCUGAACAGGCCUUUGCUGCAAUUGCUGAUCUGAAUGCUGGCAAGAUCAAUAUCGAGUAUACACUGGUCUGAACACUGAACAGCCUUCGAGAGAGUUGCUGGCAGUACUGAAGAUUCCAAGAUUUCCCUAUCGUUAAAAUAAAUAAACAUCAUUUGAGUUUGAUGGCAUGUAACUACAAUAAGGGAUGUGUACGUAAUGCUGCAUUUUGUUCCUACAAAGUGCAUAGCUUUAUCGCCUAAAUAAAGUCAUUCUCGUUUCUCGGAGACAAAGGUUGUAUGUUCAGUCUGUUUCAAACCAUUUUACAUGGAUUUGAAGGAUUUAAGGUGUUGCUAGCUU